UUCGAUAAACGUUUGCUCGUUCAUAGUUUCUGGUAGUCACUAGUGUGUGAUUAACUUUAUUUCUAUUAAAAAUGAGUUCGAUUGGAACUGGUUACGAUCUGUCCGCGUCUCAGUUUUCGCCCGAUGGACGCGUUUUCCAGAUCGAGUACGCAGGAAAAGCUGUGGAAAAUAGUGGCACAGUUAUUGGGCUGCGCGGCAAGGAUGGCGUAGUUCUGGCGGUUGAAAAACUAAUCACGAGCAAACUUUACGAACCAGACUGCGGUACCAGAAUAUUCACCAUCGAUACGUCCAUCGGGAUGGCAAUUAGCGGAAUGAUCACCGAUGGCAGAGCAGUGGUGGAUAUCGCUCGCGAAGAAGCCGCCAGCUACCGGCAACAGAACAAUCGUCCCAUUCCACUGAAGCAGUUAAAUGAUCGCUUGUCCAGCUAUUUCCACGCAUACACGCUAUACAGUGCCGUGCGUCCGUUCGGAGUGAGCGUCAUUCUUGCAUCGUGGUCAGAAGAGAAAGGCCCCGAAAUGUACAUGAUCGAUCCGUCCGGCGUGUCUUGCGGAUACUUCGGAUGCGCCGUUGGCAAAGCGAAACAAACCGCCAAAACCGAAAUCGAGAAACUGAAGCUGUCGGAAAUGAGCGUCAAAGACCUCGUACUUACGGCCGGUAAAAUCGUCUACCAAGUGCACGAUGAAUUGAAGGACAAAGACUUCAAACUGGAGCUUAGUUGGGUAUGUCAAGAUUCCAAGGGGGUCCACAAGACAGUCCCGGCUGAAGUAUACGCAGCAGCCAACCGCGCCGGCCAGGAAGCGGUCGAUGAAGACGAUAGUGAUAACGAAAUCUAAGUUUAGGCAUUUGUUCAUAGAAGGCGUAUUGGAAACCAGGUACGGUCUUUGUCGGAUUAAAAUGGUCUUUGUAACGAAGCGAAAGCAUAUAGCUGGAUGAAUUUAUUUGUAUAUUUAGCGCAAUUUGUAAGAUUCAUUGCAAAAUUACACAUACACCGAUGAUGCCGCGAGUGGAACGAAGCAUUGGGAACAUGAAGUGAAAGAACGCCUACAUAAAUUCUAGUUCUGAAAUGCUCAUUCUAGCGUUCUGGUUCCGGACAUGGCCGUUUUUGGUAUCACAUUUAAACACUGAAACACAGAUAAUGUUUUGUCAGCAUGUAUAGCUGUGCUAUUCUUUGUCAUUUUCAUUAUCGCAACACUUCAGGGAACAGACGACGUUUAAUGGAAUCUUGCGUCUAUCACUGUCCGAUGACUGAAGGAAACUUAUAAAGCACGGACGCCCAACAGGACAGUAGCAUCAUUUCGAAGCAAAGACACAUUUGAAAAACAGCUGGUUAAAGUGAUAAAAAGAAGAAUUACUCAGAUAACCGAUACACGACAAAAAAGCCUUUUAUACUGACCAU